GGCGGUGGUGGACCCCCUCGUUCUAGAUACGUACCCCCUCACUCAAGAGACCAGGACCCCAUCCGUCAAUCUGGUCAAUCCAGCGGCGCUAAUGAAGGCUGGUCUGCCUGGAAUGGCAACGAUCGUGGUCCCAGUGGACCCCCUCGUUCAGAAGGAGGUUGGAACUCUUCUCGUUCAGACUAUAGCCGUGGUGGUGGAGGCGGUGGUGGUUACAACAACUCUAACCAAAACGGACGUCCUCCAUUUGUUGAACGUGGUUCUUACGGCGGUGGUGGUGGUGGUGGUUAUGGAGGUAACCGUGGUCGCCGUAAUGACGAACCUAGCUAUACUCGCCGUGACGACACCCGUGGUUACUGGAGAGACGGUGUCCAUCAUCUGGGCAGCAAGAACCCCCGCACCGAACGUGAGUUGUUUGGUGUACUUGAAGACGUCGAUCGCCAGCACACCGGUAUCAACUUUGAAAAGUAUGAUGACAUUCCUGUUGAAGCCAGUGGAACAAACUGCCCUGAGCCUGUGAACAAGUUUACUAGCCCUCCUCUUGAUGCCCACUUGCUGAGCAAUAUCGAAAUGGCUCGUUACACUUCCCCAACUCCUGUCCAAAAGUACUCUGUUCCUAUCGUUGGAGCUGGAAGAGAUUUGAUGGCCUGUGCCCAGACUGGUUCCGGAAAGACAGGUGGUUUCCUCUUCCCUGUAUUGUCCGAGCUGUUCUCCAAGGGUCCUCUUGGUCCUCCUGCCGAAGACCCCAAUGCCGGCUACCGUUCACGCAAGGCCUACCCUUCAGUGCUCAUCCUGGCCCCGACCCGUGAGCUGGUUUCGCAGAUCUACGAAGAGGCCAAGAAAUUCGCCUACCGCAGUUGGGUCCACCCCUGUGUUGUCUAUGGUGGUGCAGAUAUCGGCGGCCAGCUGCGUCAGAUUGAGCGUGGCUGCGAUCUGCUGGUUGCCACACCCGGCCGCCUUGUCGAUCUCAUCGAGCGCGCCCGCAUUUCGCUGUCCCAGAUCCGCUACCUUGUUCUGGACGAGGCUGACCGUAUGUUGGAUAUGGGUUUCGAACCCCAGAUCCGACGCAUUGUCGAGAAGGAAGACAUGCCUGGUGUCCAGAGCCGAGUGACUCUCAUGUUCUCUGCAACGUUCCCCAGAGACAUCCAGUACCUGGCCCGCGAUUUCCUCAAGGACUACAUUUUCUUGUCCGUUGGUCGUGUUGGCUCGACCUCGGAGAACAUCACCCAAAAGGUGAUCUAUGUCGAGGACGAAGAGAAGCGAUCCGCACUGCUCGAUAUCCUGCACUCCACCGAUGUCUCGGGCCUGACACUGAUCUUUGUCGAGACCAAGCGCAUGGCCGACACUCUGUCCGAUUUCCUGCUGACCAACCGAUUCCCAGCCACCGCGAUUCACGGUGACCGCACCCAGCGCGAGCGCGAGCGUGCACUGGACUCCUUCCGCACAGGUCGCACCCCAAUCAUGGUCGCCACUGCUGUUGCUGCCCGUGGUCUGGAUAUCGCCAAUGUCUCUCACGUCAUUUCGUAUGACCUGCCAACCGACAUUGACGACUAUGUGCAUCGUAUUGGUCGUACUGGUCGUGCUGGUAACACUGGUCUGGCCACCGCAUUCUUCAACCGCGGAAACAAGAACAUCGUCAACGAUCUGGUGGAUAUUCUCAAGGAAGCCAACCAGGAAAUCCCUCCCUUCCUAGAGUCAAUCUCUAGAGAGUCGAGAUCCUAUGGAGGCGGACGUGGUGGCGGACGUGGCGGACGUGGAGGUGGACGUGGAGGUAGCUUCGGUGGACGUGAUUUCCGCAAGUAUGAUGGACCCUCACGUUCCGGAGGAGGUGGAGGUUAUGGA